AUGUGUUCGACGAAAGCAAAACUUUCAAACGAGAAAAUCUUGGACUCAAAGUCACCUAUGAAGAAGAAGGCUAUCACUGCACUAUUCAGGAGAGUCAUCAAGGGACCCCAACUCCAAGUUUCUGCCGUAAAGGAUCGGACGGUGCCAAGCGAAGAAGAGAAAAGGAAGAUAGCGGAACAUAGUCUUCAUUCAGACAUUGGAGAUUAUGCUCCGCCAACGAAGAAGAGAAGGAUGGCUCACCAGCCAAAAGUCAUUGAGCCGAAUAAAACUUCUGUCUUAGAAAUUAUGAAGCUCCUUGACUUGGCAGACGCUGAUGAGCAGAAGAAGAAAAAGAUUGGAAAAAUGAAGGAAGCUGCUCAACAAGAAAGAAGAAGAAAAGUCGCCGAAAAUGUCAGGUCCCAGAUGUUCAUAGCUCAGAGGGAGGCUACGAUUGAGGUAGACCAGUUACGUUCGACGAAAGCAAAACUUUCAAACGAGAAAAUCUUGGACUCAAAGUCACCUAUGAAGAAGAAGGCUAUCACUGCACUAUUCAGGAGAGUCAUCAAGGGACCCCAACUCCAAGUUUCUGCCGUAAAGGAUCGGACGGUGCCAAGCGAAGAAGAGAAAAGGAAGAUAGCGGAACAUAGUCUUCAUUCAGACAUUGGAGAUUAUGCUCCGCCAACGAAGAAGAGAAGGAUGGCUCACCAGCCAAAAGUCAUUGAGCCGAAUAAAACUUCUGUCUUAGAAAUUAUGAAGCUCCUUGACUUGGCAGACGCUGAUGAGCAGAAGAAGAAAAAGAUUGGAAAAAUGAAGGAAGCUGCUCAAGAAGAAAGAAGAAGAAAAGUCGCCGAAAAUUAUAGAAACCAGAUGUUCAUAGCACAGAGGGAGGCUAUGAUUGAGGUAGACCAAAGAAAGAUUGUAACAUCACUUGUAACAUCGCUUACGAAGAAGAAGGCCAUCAAUGCGGUAUUUAGAAGAGUUAUCAGGGGACCCCAACUUCAAGCUUCUGCCGUAAAGGAUCUGACGGUGCCAAGAAAAGAAGAGAAGAGGAAGAUAACGGAACAUAAUCUUCUUUCAGACAUUGGAGAAUAUGUUCCGCCUACCAAGACGAGGAGGAUUGCUUACCAGCCAAAAGUCAUUGAGCCGAAUAAAACUUCUGUCUUAGAAAUUAUGAAGCUCCUUGACUUGGCAGACGCUGAUGAGCAGAAGAAGAAAAAGAUUGGAAAAAUGAAGGAAGCUGCUCAACAAGAAAGAAGAAGAAAAGUCGCCGAAAAUGUCAGGUCCCAGAUGUUCAUAGCUCAGAGGGAGGCUACGAUUGAGGUAGACCAGUUUUUCCGAGGUGAUGUAAUAAGAAAAUGCCGACAACGACUAGAAAAAAAAUUAUGCCCAUUAAUAAGUGAAAUUUGUGAAAUUUCUCGUGUUGCUGCUGACCGAGAUAUCGAGAAAAUUUAUCAAAAAAUUUUAAUCGUCAUUACAAUGAUGAGCGGCCUUGGAAAUUCAAUGACACCGCCUGUCUUGAAAGAAGCUGCCAUGGCGUUACAAACUGUUUACUUACCUUCAGAAGUUACCAAUUUUGUAACAUAUUCGCGAAAGGCUAAAAACAAACAACUGGUUGAAUUAAUGAGCAUUGUUGCAGGAAUCAGAUUGUUCAACAAAGAUUGUCAGCGUGGUGGUCAAGGUAUCGAUAAU